GCAAGAGCCUGCAGGCUGGUCCCCUUGCCAUUGGAGCCGACACAUGGAUCUGGUCAGCUCUCCACGCUGGGCGGCAACGUCGGCAAGCCUGCUUUUCUCGUCAUGCAAAAACACAUGAAGCUCAAGCCGGAGAUAGACCACGUCAUGCAGGGCUUGUACCAGAGCGGCGCUAUUGAUGGCCUGUACAACCGGUGGUUCUGGAAUGUCACCAACCAGAAGUGUGGCUCGCCCUCCGGCGUUCGGCCGCUGGCGUUUGACGACAUUGGCGCCAUUCUCGUCAUGAUGCCAGCUGGAAUCUUGCUUAGCCUGGUGGUGCUAUUUCUGGAACACCUGUCUGCGUACUGCGUCAACAGCACCGAGAUCCAGUACCAAAAGCGCGUGGCGCCAGAAACCGCCAAACCCAUAGAGCACAAGCUGUGGAGGAUGUGAAUUACGCUCACGAGCACCGGAGAAAGAGCGUGAGAUUAUCCGGCAUGCCGCACCAGCUGUGGAGGACGUGACGAUGAACACUGAAGACGGCCAGCCAGAACUACAGCUACUGUCGAGGAUUUGAUAAUGGGCAAUGAAGACCGGCCAGCUUUUACCACAGCUGCUGUGGAGGACGCGAUAAAGAGCGCCAGAGAGAGGCUGACCAGUUCAUUCACUGUCAGCUGUGGAGGAUGUCAUCCCGGGGCGGUGAAGCAGGGCAGGGGGUGGGGCAUCGAGGCAAGAGUAUGGUUUUGCCCUUUAAGCUUUUAGGGACCUUUUUGCCUAAACAAAUGCUUUUUAGAUCACGUGUAUUAACAAAAUUAAGCUCAUACAUAGCUGAGCUACAUGUUACUGAAGUGGACUUAGAAGGCUCUUUUCUGCAUUAAGAGUUCCGUUUUCUGGACAAAGAGAUUGCCUUUAUGAUUGAGGUACCCAUAAUCUGAUCAGAAGAGGAGAGGAGAAAGAGGCACUGUGCUGAUCCGGGGAACUAAGAGAUCGUUGUUAAGAACGAGGAGACCCCUUAUGAGCUAGGAGGCCCUCGUUAUUACCUAGGAGGGCAUGAUUAUUAACUAGGAGAGCCAUGAUUUGGAUUAGGUGGCAUCUUUUACCUGUCAAGAGACCCAUUUUCUGGAGCAGGAGGCCUCUUCCACGUAUCAUCAGGCCCGUAGCCAGACCAAGCUCCCAGGUGGUGCACCAAUAAACCAACAAAAAGAUGGAUACUCUGUGCAAAAACGAUGCAAUUUUCCUGGCAGCAACCAACUUAACAACAACACUACGUUGACGAAUUUUUAGCACCUAAAGCAAGUUCGGCCACCUGGGAGAGGGAACAGAGGAAAUGCAAAGUCGGGACAAAGAUACGUAAGAAAAACCUUGGAAUUGCCUUCUCUUCCGAAUACCAUAUUGCACAUACUAGACGCGGACAUAGAUGCGGACAGGACUAAAAGAAGGUAAAAUAAUGACAUGCUGAAAUGGUAAAAUGGUUCCUUUUUCAGCUGCUUAGUGCAGAUAACAUUCUGUGCCGUAAUGGAUGUAGCCUGAUUCAUGAAUAAUGGCAACGCGUCAACGUGCUGCACAAAGUGUAUAAAUUGGUAGGUGGGCGUAACGUUUCUCGCCAUUUCAUUCCUCUUGAAACCCUCGCUACCAAAAUCGACUAUGUAGCAUGGUUUUAAGGGGUUGCGCAUCAAGCUAAAAACCUGAAGCCUUCCGAAAACUGUGACUAAAAUCAGAUACGUUGACCUCUAAAAGACAUACCCACUUACCGUAUUUGUAUGCAGGUUCCACUGUCAUGUAAAUUAAUCUAUCAUUCACCCCUCCUUUCAAAUCAUUUCUCUGAUAUGCCUCUGUUAGCUGACCUCUAGAUCAGGUUAGGUG